AUGAGUAAACGUCUGCUGGAAGGAAUUACACUAACGAACGCCCGGGGCGAGACUAUCCAGGGCGAGACAUUGGGUCAGAAUGGCAAAGUAUUGGCAGUAUACUUUGCAGCUGAUUGGUGUCCCGAUUGCCGUGCAUUUCAGCCGGUACUUAACGAAUUUUACGAGAAAACAGGCAACGAUUUCGACGUGGUCUUUGUAGGCUCAGACGCAUCAGCUGAGGACCAACUCGCACACUUUAGAGACAAGCAAGGGCCAUGGUGGAUGGUGCCGUAUGAAAAUGAGAUGCGCUCACAUCUUAAACGUAUGUUUGGUGUCUGUGCGAGUGCUGAGGUGAGUGAACUGAACCCAAUCACACGUAAGGGCGGCAUUCCGACACUUGUGGUGAUUCGUCGUGAUGGAGAGGUUGUCGACUUUCACGCAGCUGAAAAAGUCGAGCAAGUUGGAGUCAAAGCUCUUUCAGAGUGGAAGCAAUGA